CCCUCCGCAUGUUACUAUAAUGAAGUGCACCUCAACUGAAUGCUUUUGAAAGUAGGACCAUUGUUGUUUUCCAGGUUGCUCCCUGUGUGACCCUAGCCCGGGCGCCCCAAGGAAGGACAGAAAACCAAGAGGCUCGCCCCGGGAUGCUCCUCCGGCCCCGGCGGCCUCCUCCGCUCGCGCCCUCCGCGCUGCCAUCGCCAACGAGCCCCGACGCCGACCUUCGGCCGGCCGAAGACGGCCCGGGGAGCCCGCUCGCGGGUCCAGCUUCGCCGAGCGCGCUGGCGGGGCCCGAGUCGCCCAGGUCGCCCGUGUCCCCGGGCUCGGCGCAGCGCACGCCCUGGAGCGCGCGGGAGACGGAGCUCCUGCUGGGAACGCUGCUGCAACCCACUGUGUGGCGCUCGCUGCUGCUAGACCGCCGCCAGGCACAGCCCACCUACCGCCGCGUGUCGGCCGCGCUGGCCCGCCAGGAGGUGCGGCGUACGCCCGCGCAGUGCCGCCGCCGCUACAAAUUCCUCAAGGACAAGCUUCGCGACGCGCAGGGACAGCCGUCCGGGCCCUUCGACGCGCAGAUCCGUGAACUCAUGGGGCUUCUAGGCGACCACGGACGGAGGCGCGUCCGCCGCCGCCCGCCCCCCGGGCCCGGGCGCCCGCAGCGAGGCAGACGCCGGGCCUCUGCAAUGCCCGCUCGCUUCCUCGAGCAGCCAGGCGGCGCGCCGCAGUCAGCCACCCGUGACCCCGACGCAGACCCCACCUGCCUGCUCAGGUUCAGCCCGUCCUCGCCGAAGUCUGCAGAGCCUUGUUGCGCCCCCGACUCCCCAGUGGCUCACGCCCCGACAGCCUUCCGCACCUUCAUCCCCGACCCGGGCCAAGCCCCGGGAUCCCCACCCCCGCCGGACCCCGACCCUUCCCCAGAGCGCCCCGCCACCCCGCCCUAUCGCCCUGACGGCCGCGCGCCCCCACAGCCCCAGCCGCCUUCGCUGAAUGCCGCGCUGCUUCAGACCUUAACACACCUCGGUGACAUCGUAGCGAUCCUGGGCCCACUGCGUGACCAGCUGACGGCCCUGAACCAGCACGUGGAGCAGCUACGGGGCUCCUUCGACCAGACCGUGUCCCUGGCUGUGGGAUUCAUCUUGGGCAGUGCGGCCGCCGAACGGGGUGUCCUGCGGGACCUGCACGAGUGAGACCCCGCCUGUGGCUGGCUGUCCUGACCAGGGCCACGCCUCGUUUGCCUUGACCCGUUUUGCAGCCCCCCACCCUAUAUUAGGUAUGUUAAAUAAAGAGGUUGUUUUUCCGA